UCACGUUUUACCGCGGUGUCUACUGACUGGGGGGUGUAUCAGGUCGCCAUGGUGGGGCACCCUAUAAACAGUCGUCGCUGUACGGAAAGCGCAGAGGUUGCCUAUGUAUCACCGCAGCUGUGACUUCGGUGAUGCGGGAAUCGAUAUCGUCCGAUGUUCAUCAAAGUGGCGUUUUACUGAUCUUCAAGUGACUUGAAGUGGAAAAAUCGCAAUUAUAGUCAACGGUGAAAAAUCUGUCCCAUCCCAUCGCACGCGGAGAAUUAUUUGAAAAAUGUUGUGCAUCUGGGAUUUUAACGAGAGCGAUGCUUGGGCAUGCGUCGCGUUACUGGUGGUCAUUUACGCCUUUUACGCCUUCAGAAAUUACUUCAGGAUCGUCAGGUUCAUCCUGACUUUAAACGGUCCUCCGGCAUUGCCUUUGGUGGGAAAUGCCUAUCUUGCCACAGAUAAGACUCUUCUGCAGCAGAUGUCUCAUACGGCCUACGACAUGUACGGCCCCAUCUUCAGGGUAUGGUUGACGGUAUUUCCGGCGGUGGUCCUCUUCGAACCAGCCGAUAUCCAGGUGGUUCUCAGCAGCAGCAAGCACUUGGAAAAGACUUACUUCUACCGAAUGCUCCACAAUUUCGUCGGCGACGGACUGAUAACGAGUGAAGGCGACCGUUGGAAGAUCCAUCGGAAGAUCCUCCAGCCAGCUUUCCAUCUUAACAUCCUUGAUCGGUUUACCGAUACCUUUGCCGAAUGUGCCAAUCACCUCGUCCAGGGGAUCAUCAAUUCUGGCGAGAAGAAUGUCAACUUGACAAAGUUCGUGAACGACUCGGUUAUCGACAUUCUCAACGAAACCAUUCUUGGCGUGACCCUGGUUUCCAAGAAGCAAAGGCAGAUAGAUGACGAGGAAUCUCCCUUCAGAAAAGGUCAAGUAGUGGCUCCGUAUCGCAUGGUACAUCCGUGGCUCCUGGUGAAUUGGAUUUACGAGAUGACAGCUACCGGACAACGCGAGAACGCUCAUCGAGCCGAGCUCUUCAGGACAUGCAAGAAGAUGAUUGCCGAGAAGCGAGAAGUCAUUAGGAAGAAGAAGUCGGAGAUAACCAGUGAGCCUGACGAUUCCCAGCGGAAGACGUCGAUGCUGGAAUUCAUGGUCGAAGUCAGUGAGAAGAAUCCGAGCUUUACUGAAGACGACAUCGUCAACGAGUGCUGCACGUUCAUGCUUGCCGGUCAGGAUUCCGUCGGUUCUGCAGUCGCCAUCACGAUGUUCCUCCUCGCGACGCACCACGAAUGGCAGCAGAGAUGCUUCCAAGAGCUGGAAGACAUCUUCGAGACCGACUCAAGGUCACCGACGAUGAAGGACCUCAGGGAGAUGCGCUGCCUCGAGAUGUGCAUCAAAGAAUCGCUGAGACUCUAUCCGAGCGUUCCAACCUUCGCCAGAAAGUUGGGAGAGGACACUAAAGUCGGAAACCACGUGAUUCCCGCAGGAUGCGAUGUCUUCGUGGCGCCCUACGCCACCCAUCGAUUGCCACACCACUAUCCGGAUCCGCACACCUUUGACCCGACAAGGUUCGACCCUGACAGUAGCGAAAAGAGACACCCUUAUGCCUACAUCCCCUUUAGCGCGGGGCCGAGGAACUGCAUCGGAUACAAGUUUGCGAUGUUGGAAAUGAAGGCGUUGAUCAGCGCGGUCCUUCGAAACUUUUACCUCAGUCCGAUACCGGGAAAAGAAGAGGUGCGGCCCAAAUUCAGACUCACUUUGCGGGCGCAGGGUGGCCUUUGGGUAAAUUUCAGACCGAGAUAUUCAAAUCUGGUUGAAAAUCUUUAUGUUAGCAUGUAAGCUGUGGUAUCCCUGGUGUAAAUAUCAUACUGUCACGUCUAUAAAUAUUUUUUAUGUUCAGACUUUCGUUGACUGUCACGCAUAGUUGUAGGCCUUGUGUGAUUGACUGUGUGAAUUGUGAUUAAAAAUUAUUUCUGUACCUGAGAA